AUGGAACUCCGUCGGGUCUCGACAGCACGGUGUCAUGUUAUGGUAUUCGCAGCUAAAGUGUUUCUUGACUUCAUAGGAGGAAUCAUCCGGUUUCGUCGCAGUUUGGAUGGGAAAUUCGAAAAGAAGCAGGUGAAAACAGAUCCCUUUGCUGUGUUGUUGGUGGACACAAUGCUCCCAAAGAACACGUUCGAGAUGAUCAGCCGCGUAAAGACUCUCAAAAGUCACUAUCCGAAAUCCGCAGAGCAUCUCUUUGACUGCAUUGACGAGCUGGUGAAGGCGAGCAUCAACGAGGAGGGCGUGUUGGAAAUGAAUAAAUUGGUCGGCGCAGUGAGAAUCAAUCAAAACGUGUUGAAAACGCUUGGAGUGAGUUGUGAGGCGAUCGACGAGAUUGUGCAACUCGCCAAACAGCAUCAUUUCGCGGCGAAACUCACAGGAGGUGGGGGUGGAGGCUGUGUGAUUGCGAUUCGCGAAUCUGCAUGUGAUGAAGAUGAAGCGGAGUUGAUAAAUGUGUUGCAUUCGCGAGGCUAUCAAACUUUUAUGGUUCGAUUGGGAGGUGAAGGGAUCCAACUCGAACAAAUCGAGUCGACUGUUUGA